CAUUAUCGUGAGAAUCAAAUUCAGUUUCUUCUACGCCAAUCACGCUCGCGAAGCUCAAGAUUGUAUCUCGGAAUAAUUCAGCGCCAUCACUUUUUACAGUCUCAAAUUAAUUCCCUCAGCUGCCAUCUUCCUCCGGCGCAGGCCAUCCUCUUCACCGAAGGAUUUGAGGGUAGUGAGUUUUUCUUCGAUCUGAUCUAGGUGUUUUCUGCAUUACCGUUCCGAUUUCAGUGGAAAUUCGCCGACCUUCUGCGCAGAUUGGGGAGGCAAUGGGAAUAGUAUUUACGCGGCUAUUUUCGUCGCUGUUUGGCAACAAGGAAGCUCGGAUCCUGGUUCUGGGUCUUGACAAUGCCGGAAAAACCACCAUCCUUUAUCGACUCCAGAUGGGUGAAGUAGUAUCUACAAUUCCGACAAUCGGGUUCAAUGUGGAAACAGUGCAGUAUAACAACAUAAAGUUUCAAGUGUGGGAUCUUGGUGGCCAGACGAGUAUCAGGCCAUACUGGAGAUGCUACUUCCCCAACACUCAAGCUAUUAUAUAUGUUGUUGAUUCAAGUGAUACAGAUAGGCUGGUGAUUGCCAAAGAAGAAUUUCAUGCAAUACUAGAGGAGGAGGAGCUUAAAGGUGCUGUCGUCCUCUUAUUUGCAAAUAAACAGGAUCUUCCUGGGGCACUUGAUGAUGCUGCAAUUACUGAAGCCUUGGAACUUCACAAGAUUAAGAACCGGCAAUGGUCUAUUUUCAAAACUUCUGCUAUAAAAGGAGAAGGCCUUUUUGAGGGCCUGGACUGGUUGAGUAAUACACUUAAAUCCGGAGGUGGCUAAGUCUCUGUACGCGAACAUGAUGCCAUUCUUAUCCAUCCUGAGCAAGAAAUAUACGAUAGUCACUGCCGUGAUUUGUGUAGAGAUUCGUAUCUGGGGACAGGGCUAUGUGUUGGUUUUUGAUCAAAUAUGAAAUAUCUAGCACGUUUUUUAAUUCUUCUGCUCAGUUCUCUAUCAUAUACUUUCACAGUAAAUGACUCAAGCUUACAGAUUUUAGGCAUAUAUCCUCUUUUCUUGUAUAUUUCCAAAGUUUCACAGGAUUAGUAAUCUGAUCAAGAUUACUGGAACCUUAUCUAAGAUUUUACUAGUCUCAACAUUCUCUAUAAA